GCUGUCGCAAACGACACUCGCUGGCAUCAUCUGUUGCAGUAGGGACAAAACUGUGAGAGUCAGGCGGCCGUGGGCUUGCUGGCAUUCACCUGGUGCCCUUAGCACUGAAAACCCACCGUGAGCCCGCCAAGAUGGCACACCCUACAAGCUUCAUCCACGAAAUUUGCACACAGAACAUGCGCCCGUUCCCCUCCCAUUCGUUCUCGAUGGCCAGCGAAGGCGGCUUCGUAUGCAAGUGUGUCUUGUUUGAUGAGUUUGAGUUUGUGGGGCACGCGCGCAACAAAAAGGCCGCCAAAGCUGAGGCCUUCUUCAAGGCCUGGAAAGCCAUCACCAACCGCGACCAGUUUGUGCAGGACCUGCCAAAGCCUCCAUUUCACAUUGUGAUUCAGCGCCUCCGCGACGCAGUUGCAGGCGGUCAGCACCAGCAACGCCAGCAGCACCAGCGCCCGCAGGGCGAACACGAGGCAGCAGCAUCCCAUCACCACCUACCCCACGGCCCACAACAGCACCAUCCUCAACACCAACAACAGCAGCACAUGCAGCACGACCCGCCUUUGCAUCACGGCCACCAGCCUGUUCAUCACUACCACCGCCAACAACAACCAGCCCACGAACGAUCCGCGCAGCCAUACGCCAGCCAUAACAGCAGCAGCACCACCACCACCGGCACUGGCAGCAACAGCAGCAACGUCAUAAACCAGGCACUACCCUCUUCUUCCACCCAUUCACACCACUCUGGUGGCUACUUCAACCCAGCAGUGUCGUCAGCGUCAGCAUCAGUACCGCCACCAACGUUACCGCAACAACUGACCGUGCCAGUCAGCUCCCCAUCCUCAUCCUCGUUCACAACUACCCCGCCCACUGCCCCACCUGCCCCAGCAACCACGCCAGCGUCGGCUGCAACAAGUACGGUCUCAGAACUGGCCACGCCCUCGCCGCCCAGCGUCCGCCCACCUGUUCCCUUGUCACAUGAACCAGGCAGUGUUGCCCAUCUCGUGACGCAGACCAACCCCGUAUCUGUCCUCAACCAAACCUGCAGCCAGUUUGCGCUCCCCCUCCCCGUGUUCAGCGCAGACAACAGCGAGGUCACCCUGUAUGACGGGUACACGGUGCGCCUCUCCAUCAUCCAGAACAAGAAGACCACCAAGCGCUACACCGCUCUGGUUGCCCUGGAAUACCUGCACGAGAAGCUGGGCCUGGGCCUCGUCCCAACCUCCGCAUACGCAUGGGUUGCCACGUCGUACCUGCCCGGCGCCACCUCCGACGCGCGCGCCGCCCUGCCAACAAGCAGCUCCACCUCGGAGACGUGGCCGCGCGUGCCCACCAGCACUGCCACAUCAGCUGCCACGACCGGCCCCGUCACCAGCAUGGCCAGCAGCGGCAGCACCACCAGCGCCUUCUCUGGCAGCGCCUUUACGGGCAGCACCUACAGCAUGGGCAUGGCCCCACAGCCGUUUGUGUCUGCUGCCUGCGGGUCCUUCCGCAACCCGGACGUGUACGACGUCACCGCAGACUCUGCGCAGUUCUCUGUGGCGGUGCAGCCGCUGCAGCCCACCACGCUCGCCAGCGCCAGCGCUGCCGUGGCAUCCUGGGCACGCGAUGUGCCGGGCUUGCUUGCGCGCCACCGGUUCUCACGCUUCAACCAUGCCACCUACGCCUCCUCCGACAGCAGCUACCUCAACGCCAUCCUCACCUCUAUCAAGAGCGACAACUUCCUCGUCUUUGUUGAGUCGUUCUCCAUGCGCGUGCAUGUGGCCGGCCGGCUUCUCCGCCACCUCAUCUCCACGGUUCGUCUGGCUGUGGGGCUGGAGCUGCGUGCUCGCUGGUCUCGCGCCGGGCCAGAGCGGAUGUACCGCCACCCCACGGAUCCCAAAGACGAUGCCACGUCCCAUCAACCGUUCUCAAAACGAGCACGAUUCCAAUCCAUUGGGUGGACUUCCCGGUUCACCUCGGAUGAUGACCGCAGGGACCAGCAACAGACACACGCGCGCAUCCCGGAACCCGUUUCAAGCGACCAAGUAGCGCUUUAUGUGGUGUCGUCGGAGGCGUAUGCACUGAAGGUGGCGAGCGUGCUUGGUGCCGUGGAAGGUCUCGGCUGCUGCGUUCCAGACAGCGCCCAGGUGUACGACGCGCAGGUGGAUGUCAAUGCCUGGCGGCGCCGACUGCAGCGUGCAGACGUGCUCAUCUGCACGCCGACCACGCUCGUGCUGCUGCUCAAGGCACCGCACCUGCUUGCGUUUUGGCCCACGCCGGACCCCACCACAACCAGCGGCCACGGGGGGCAAGGCGUCGCGAUGCCGCAUGCACAGGCGCCGCCAGCACCUGCGAUGCCAAAACCAAUGACCAUCCAGGCGCUCAUCUUCGACUUUGAUGCGCAGCUGGCAGAGGACCCCCACCUGGGCGAGGUCCUGGACAUGUACAGGAAGCCGGACCGAGACAACCCGAUUGCCGUGUGUGGCAUCACGUCUGCGCCCUUGCACCCUGGCGCACGCAACCUGUUCUCCAGCUUGGACGACCUGACCGUGCGCACCAACAGCUACCCGCUGCGCGCCUUUGUCGCGCCGCCCAUGCCGGGCCCGCUCUUCCACGAGCAGCUGUGCAGCUGCGUGCCGUGCACGUACGACGACCGCCCUGCGGCUCUCAACGACCUCUUGCGCAAUGCCGUCGGCGCCGCGGCGGCCGCACACAGCGGCUGGCAGGCCAAGCUGGAGCUGCAGGUGCAACGACUCCGCACGCUGUUCCCGCACGCAGACAGCGCCCACGCCUUGAUUAUCCACCGCCGCUUGCAACGCGCCGCGCUGCGCAUUCGCCUGUGCGAGAUGAUCGAACUUGUGGGCACAGAGUACGGCUUGUUCUGCACCCGCAUGUUGUGGCGCCAAGCAGAGCGCCUUCUCGACGAGUUAUCCUGCGAUGACGCAGAGGAGCCCCUCUACUCCUCGUUUCUCAGCAGCUUCCACCCGCCUUCCUCAACCUCCUCAGUAACAACGGCGGCGGCUACAGCAGCAACAGCAGCCUCGCGACAACCCCACCAUGGACAACAACAACUCCACCCUGCCCUGCGCAACCAGGGCAGAAGAGCACCUGCAGUGCAGGACCCGCGGCUGGCCCUGAUGAAACGCCUGGGUCGGCAGCAGCAGCAGCAACAGCAACAGCAGCCCAACAGCGUGGAAGAAGAGGCCAAAGUAGAGGACGAAGGGUCGCUCUGGCCGCCCAUCCCCCACUUGUCGUCUUCCGCAUCAUCUGCAGCAGCAGUACCACCGCAUGGCAGGUCGUUUGAUGCGCCAGCAAUGACUGCGCCACCAGCAAACGAAGCGCAGCGCACGCAGUGGCUCAACCAGCACUUUCCGUGGCUGGAUUCCAUGCCACUGCUGUACGAUGACGAGGAGCUGUAUGCGCAGCUGUGGUAUGCUGACGGCAGCGGCCAGCACGGUGUCAUUUCCGAGGACUUUGAGAUGGAUGAACCCGCGUCCACGGACACCAAGCCAUCGGCAGGCAGCCCCGUUUCCCCCAGGCUGACCGUGGCGCUGAAACUGCUGCAGGCUGCGCGUACCGAGCACACGCGCGUGACGCUCGUCCUGCCGAACCAGUUUGGGGUCAACACCAUCGCAGCCCUCUUGCAGCAGCGGCUCGCCACCACGGCAACGGCAGCUGAAGAAGACGCCCGCCCCGCCAUCAUCGCCGUGCCCACAGCCGCCAGCGCAAGGGUGCUGGUCCACUCCACCGCCGCCGCCGUGGCCACACCCUCCAUCGGUGGCCACGGCAGCCGCGCAGCCCUUGCACCGCCGCUCACACCGCUCACGCGCCGCGUUCACCAGGCCAACCGGUGCUUUGCGGCCAUGGCACGCGACGUGGAGCGCAGCGUGAAGAAGGCGUGGGAGGCCGACGACUUUAUCAUUGUCACCACCAUCGAUGCCCUGCCCACGGUGCCGCAGGCCACACUUGUGAUCAGCCUCGCCGAUGUGACCUCGGUGGACGCGUAUGCAGCGGUUGCUGCGGCGUGUGUGCCCAUGGCUGGCGCUGUUGUUCACGUGGUGCCGGACGACGCGCACACGCAGCAGCUCUUCAACAGCACACGCACCACGUACCUUGAGCUCCGCCACUACUUCAACCUCUUUGCAGGGGUGCCGGCGGAAAUGGCCGCUGACGCAGCGUCCACGGGCAAGCCCUCGUCUUCCAGCACGGCUGAUGGCACAGGCGCAGUUGGUGCUUCGUCGACAUCACAAGCAGCGUCGUCGUCGUCACCACAGGCAGCGUCGGCAGCAACGGGAACCUCGACAACGUUGGCUGUUGCCAACCCCAACCACAUUGCCUUGGAUGAGCAAGAGUUGACGGGCCUGGAGCAGCUCAACCAGCUGUGUCUGCGCCUUGACUUUGGCUCUGGUGCGCGGCGUUCCCAGCUGCCCUUCUACACGGUGCAGGGACACACGUCGAAGCAGUUUGUUGCCGCGGCACACCUUCCACCGGCGCUGUCCGCCUUUGACAACCAGGACCUUGGGUACGAGCCCACGAAUGCCUUGGAGAAGGUAGCCACGCGCUGCGUGCGCGCUCUCGAAGGUCACGGCUACUUUGACGCCAUUGGCACACCGCAGAUUGGCCUGAGUGCCCACCACCCCGCUGGGCUGCUGGCAUAUGCGCGCAUGGCAGAUGUGGCGCGUGGCCGGCGGGCGCUGCUCACCAGCCGCUACGACGCCACACGGGACUCGCCGUUCCCAUCCACGGUCCUCAUCAAGCAGGAUGCUUCAGAAGAGUGCAAAGCCUUGGCACCACAGGCGACGGACAGGGCUGAGGAGCGCUGUGCGCGUGGAAUGCCAAGGUGCCUGUCGGCGUCGCCCCACUCGUUUACAGUGGGCGACGGCCACAACGGCAACAAAUCCAGCACUGCUGGCCAAGCAGACAACGAUGCCAUGAUCAACGGUGGCGAUUCCGAGAGCACAGAGGACGCGGUCGUGCUGCACCUGCACAGCUUCCGAAUUCGGCCCGUGGAGAAGUUCAACCGAGACCCGUUGAACAACUUUGACAACUUCCAUGCGAACCGCGUGCUGCAAUCGCUGGUGUACAGCGGGCCCUUGCCGCGGCUUGAGGAGCACGGCUACGAGGCGCUGGCGCCGUCGAGCGACGCUGAGGUCACGCAGGUGCCCGACAUGACCGAGUUCACUUGUGGGCUGCUUGCCCCGCGCCCAAUCUUGCGGAAACGCGCCAAUCAGCAACCUGGGCGGCAGCACAAGCAGCAGGCCCAGGAUGACUUCAGGGUGUUGCUCAACGCCGGCCUUUGCGGCAGCUUGAGGUACGUGGAUCAGGUGGAGGUGUCACCGCAGCAGCUGGCCAAGUUUGCGUCAUAUCACCGUGAGUGCAUGCGCACGGUGGCCCCUGCCGCCAGCACGGCAGCGCCGUCAGCGGCAACGCCAGCGUACAUGUACUGCCCCCUGACCACGCACGGAGAGCAGUCCGUGGUGGCGUGGGGCCAGCUGCUGUCGAGCAGCAGCAGCAACCCGACAUCGCUGCUUGAGGUGUCCAUUGAGCACACAACGGGCCGGCUUGUUGCCUUCAAGGACAAUGCCAGAUCGCCUUCGUUUAUUCUGCUUGGCAAAGACACGACGACGGAAGACGUCGGGGGGAGCCGUCACAAGGGCACGGAAGUUGGUGGCGGUGAUGGUGGCGACAGUGAGGAUGGGAGCAGCCGUGCAGCGAAAGACUUUGCCGUGCUUGUUGUGCGCAGCCAGGACUAUAUCGCACACCGUGAAGCGGCGCCACGGUUCUCCAUUUCGGCGUCGAAGCUGGUGUUCCUGCCCUACUCGCGAGAGGCGUGCAUGUUCCCUGUCUUCGCCAGCAGCCUGGAGUGUGCACUGCUGCACAGGGAGGGCGUGCGCGUUGUGAUGGAGGGGUCCCCACUGCAGUUUUCCGGGUCCGUGUCCCCGUUUGCUUGGAGCCGCCACCACAAGCACCUCAACCCGAUUGCCUCCAUGCUGACGUCGUCCACACUCGGCUGCAUUGGUGCAGAGCACCUAGCCAUGCUUGGGGAUGCGUAUCUUCAGUUUGCUGCCGCUGUGCACCUCUACCUCAAGUACCCAUCGCGUGCUGUUGGCCCGAUGUGCGCCCAAAUCGCCUGGCUGCGCUCUGAUGGAUACCUCUCCAAGCGCUCUCAGGAGCUCGGUUUUCCCUUUCUCAAGUAUUUUGUGCCGUCCGUGCCCAAGUUCGAGGAGUGGGUGCCACCAGGAUGGAAGCGGGCGCCUGAUGUGGAUGCGGUCGCGGCGCGAGCCCUGCUGGUGCGCGCAUGGCUCGGCCUGCUGCAUGUGGGCAUGGCCAACCCGCACGGCAAAGGCCAGCGCUUUCACAGCAAGCUACACCAGGUGCUGCAUGACUUCCUUCAUGGCCUUGGCAUUGCUUCUCGUCUCCCAGACAACGUCGGGCCACACGCGAUGCAAUACGACAUGGCGCAUCGCCGCUCCCGCGAAAAGAUGCAGACCACGGUCCAGCAUUACUGGCCAGUGAUUGCGCCGCUUGCAGAACAUCUUGGGUUUACUGGCCCAUCGUGCAACCGCGCCCUUCUUCUCGAGGCGCUGACCCACCGCUCUUUCUUGAACAACCAGCUCGGCAACAACGAGAAGCUGGCGUUGAUUGGGCGGCUAUGCGUUCGCCUACUGUGCAUUGACAAGUUUGUGCAAACCCAGGACAACGCCCCUUCCGUCUCCUCAUGGGACGAUAUCUGCGAUGAGGUUGUCUCGACAGAGCUGCUGGUGCAGAAGGCGGUGGACAUGUUUGGGAUGCUGCCAUACAUUCUGCACGACAGCGGAGAGUUUGCGGAGCUGGCUGCUAGCUGCGCACACGCUGUUCGCCACCGCUUGCCCCUGCCGGCCGGCGCAGAGGAGGUGGCGUCGUUUACGCUGUCGGUGUUUGGCGCCGUGUUUAUGCACUAUGGUCUUGAUGGGCUUGCUGAGCGAUGGAGGUUUGAGGGCUUGCCCACAGUGCAAGAGACUGCGAGCAAGAAAGCCAACAUGGUCGCGGCAGUGCGAGACGCUACGCUCGACACGAAGCUGCACUGCAUCUUCCACGCGGAGCCGCGUCCAGACGGGCGGGUGGAUGGCGUGUGCAUCCUGAUUCACAAGAAGACCCUGCGACGCAGCGAGAUUGUGCGCGCAACAGCGGACACGCGCGAGGACGCAAUUGUUGCCGCUGCUAGGAUGCUCAACGCGAACCAAACCUUGCUCUGGUCGACGCUGAGCGAGCUUGGCAAGUACUUGCCGCCGCUGAAGAAGAGGAAGCCAAAAACGGCACCUUCGAGCGUUGGUGGGCAUUACAACUCUGCCGCUGCCAACACCGGAGCAGCAGCCGUCACGGUCAUGGAUACUCAAGGCGAUGGUGACGUGAGUACACCCAAUGCAGGUCCGCCUCAGCGGCGGCAGCAGAGUGAUGAUGAAGAGAGGAACAGGGGAGGGGAGAGGGAAGUAGGGCAGCCACAACAGCAACAGCAACAACAACAGGUGCAGUCACAACAGCAAGAUAUCGAGAUGAAGACAGAGGAUGAUGAUGAUGGUGCCUGUUAUGACCUUGUGCGAGGGAGCGUGCCCUCGCCACAACCCAGCGGCACCACUUCCCAGCCGUUCGCAUCGUUUUGGGCUCCCAUGUCACCCCUGCCGCCGCAACAGCAGGUUCCGGCCAUACCAACAGUGGCACAGUACCAGGAGCACGCGAGCACGCCGUUUCCCCCUUCUCCGCCACCGCCGCCGCCGCCACCAUCAAAGGCACACGAGAGAGCGCAAGAACAAGUGGGGCCGGGUGCCAGCGGCAAUGGCCGUACUGACGAUGCUGACGAUGAGGAAGAGGAGGCCAUUGCAGAGGACGAUCAUGAUGAACCGCGGCGCACGGCAGGGCAGCAGGUGGUUGGCUCCGGCCGCACAGACCGCGGUGCCGUUCAGCAGCAGGAACAAGGUGCUGCUGAUUCCGAAGAGGAGGCUGUUGCCGACGACGAGAAUGAUCAACAACAGCAGCAGCAGCAGCAGCAACAGCAGCAGCAGCCAGAGGUGCGUGAGACUACUAUUGGUGAAGAUGAGGAUGAGGAAGAACCGGUUGCAGAUGAGGAGGAUGAGGAGGAGGCAGAGGUAAUUGCUGAUGCCGGUGAUGAUGAGAGCCAUGUCACCGACACACACACGCAGCCGCCACAACCUGCGGGACAAGAGACCGUUCUGGUUCAGCAACCCACAGCCAUGCCUCCACCACCCUUGACAACCCCGCCAGCUGCUGCCGCUGUAAACACAGAGGACGAAGAAGAGGAAGUUGCAGAAGACUAG